UAUCUUCCUUUUCAGGUUUGAUCACGCCAAAAGAGUCCCACAGAAAUAAAGAACCAAUGACCUGAAAAUGACAAAAUAAAGAACCAAUAUUCUGAGAACGACAGGCCCAAUAAUGCGUAGGAAAAAGAACCAAAGAAAUGACCUGAAAAUGUCAUGUACCGUCUCCAGACACUCUCCACUGAUGAAGCAAAAACAAAAGACUACACACAAUCCUGAUGGAUAGUCCAGUUGGUGGAUUUACUCUCCACACAAAUGAUUAGAGUUCGAUUCUUGGGGUCAGGUCAUAAGAAAAUAAUUUCCUGAAAAUUUCCUAAUUCCGGCGUGAAUGGUCUGCGUUUGACCGGACCAGGGAGAAGAUUAGUUAAGGAGCUCAUAAGCUGAAGCCGACACCUUUGACCGUCGAACCAACAAAAAAAAAAAAACUCUCUCUCUCUCUCUCUCUCUCUUUUGUAAUCAGAAGGGUGUCAGACUAUUUUGUUGUCUAUCCACCCACAUCAGCUCCUCCUACAAAGAAUCACCUUCAACCACCGCAUAACUCACCCAGAAUUUCUAUCGACUCAAAAAGUCAAAAGUUCCGAUGAUUAAAACAGCCACCAUCACCUUCAUAGCCAUAGCCACCUCUCUAUCCAUCUUCUUUUCAUCUCCUUCAAAAACUUCUCAUCACAACCUAUUCAUAUCCACAUCAGACAAUGGCUCAAUAUCACAACACCUCUUCACCCUCACUCGUCGACCCCAUGUUGCCGGCUCUCAAGCAAACGCUGAAGCCGCGGCCUAUGUGCUGUCCACUCUCGAUUCAUAUGAUAUCCCUUCACACAUAGCAUCCUAUGAUGUGCUCCUCACGUAUCCUGUCUCGCGUUCCCUAACGCUAACACGCCCACCCCCUGAUUCCCCCACCACUUUUGAUCUACACCAGGAAAUCUACGACGGGGAUCCAUAUGCAGAUGUAGCUGAUGAAGUCCUACCCACUUUUCAUGCAUAUGCAAAAUCGGGUACAGUAUCUGGACCAGUGGUGUAUGUGAAUUACGGGCGCGUGGAAGACUAUGCAAUAUUAAAGGGAAUGGGAGUGAAUGUGUCUGGUACUGUUGCAUUAGCAAGGUAUGGAGAGAUUUUUAGAGGCGACAUAGUAGAAAAUGCUUAUGAUGCAGGUGCUGUAGGUGUAGUAAUCUAUACAGAUAGGAAGGACUACGGUGGUGGGGGAGGCGGUGCAAAGUGGUUUCCGGAUGACAAGUGGAUGCCACCAAGUGGAGUUCAGGUGGGAUCAGUGUUCCGUGGGACAGGUGAUCCUACCACUCCUGGUUGGCCCAGUACCGGGACAUGUGAGAGGCUAUCAGACGAUGAGGUGGAGCAGAGAGAUGAUGUUCCACAUAUACCUUCGUUGCCAAUAUCCUGGGCAGAUGGUGAUGCAAUCAUGAGAUCGAUUGGAGGGCCAGUAGCAAAGGAUGAUUGGCAGGGAGGCAUAGAUGCUCCAGUUUACAGGGUUGGGCCAGGACCUGGAAUUAUCGAGCUUAGUUACACGGGGAAGAAAGUCAUUAGCACAAUUGAGAAUGUUAUUGGCAUUAUCGAAGGAGCAGAAGAACCUGACCGAUUUGUCAUCCUGGGUAACCAUCGGGAUGCAUGGACAUUUGGAGCUGUUGAUCCCAACAGUGGCACUGCAGCCAUGCUUGAGGUUGCACAAAGGCUCGGUAAGCUGCAGAAAAGGGGGUGGAAACCUCGACGUACAAUAGUCUUUUGCAAUUGGGACGCCGAGGAGUAUGGCCUGAUAGGAUCAACAGAAUGGGUUGAAGAGAACAGGGAAAUGAUAGCUUCAAGGGUUGUUGCUUACUUGAAUGUUGAUUCUGCAGUACAUGCAGCAGGUUUUCAUGUCUCGGCAACUCCACAGCUUGAUGAACUACUUAAACAAGCCACUCAACAGGUUGAGGACCCAGAUAACUCAUCACAGACAAUCUAUGAAGCUUGGGUUGGCUCCAGCAAAAGCAAUGAGCCCAUGAUUGGAAGGUUAGGAGGUGGAGGAUCAGAUUAUGCAGCUUUUGUACAACAUAUUGGUGUUCCUUCAGUUGAUAUGUCUUUCGGCAAAGGUUAUCCGGUCUACCACUCUAUGUAUGAUGACUUCACCUGGAUGACGAAAUUUGGUGACCCUAUGUUUCAUAGGCAUGUAGCAGCGGCAAGUGUUUGGGGUUUAGUAGCUCUAAAACUCGCAGAUGAGGAACUUUUGCCUUUUAAUUAUCUUUCCUAUUCACAUGAGCUCCAGAAAAGUGCAGAAGAGUUAAAAGAGCAGGUAUCAGAUAAGGGCAUAAACCUUGUUCCUCUGUUCAACUCUAUAGAGAAACUCAAAAGGGCAGCCACCAAAAUAAAUAACCAGAGAAAGGCAUUGGAUGAAAAUAAAGGUUGGGAAUCGAUUUGGAAAAAGGACCAUCAGAAGGUGAGAGAGUGUAAUGACAGAUUAAUGAUGGCAGAGCGAGCAUUCAUAGAUCGAGAUGGACUCUCUGGAAGGCCAUGGUCGAAGCAUAUGAUUUAUGCACCUUCAAAACACAAUGAUUAUGGAUCUAAGUCCUUCCCUGGGGUUGAUGAUGCAAUUGAAAAGGCUAUGAGUCUUAAAACAGCAGAGUCGUGGCGUCUCGUUCAACAUGAAGUUUGGAGAGUCUCAAGAGCUGUCACGCAUGUAUCGCUAGUACUCAAUGGUAAAUUGACAUGAGUAUGACCGUGUACCAACCAUUGUUCAUGCAUUUCAAGUUAAGGAAGAAAUACUCAGAUUUCCCACAUUGCUUGCAAAUUCUGGUUCUGUAGCUUUUCUACCAACUUUUACUCCAGAAUAUUAAUUGGCCCUUGGUUAAACAAAUUACUUUUAUUCAAUACGUAUUACCAAGGGGUGUUGCUGCA